CCUUUCUGGAGGUGAACGGAUCUCUCACCGCACCCUCUCUGCUCUCCGCUCCCGCACCGCCCCGCACUCUCUCCUCUCUGUAUGAGGCGAGCAGACCCGCGCUGUGGAUGGACAGAGGCGGAAGCUUAGCGCAGGAUGCGGGUUCACGGUGCGGGGCGUGUGUCUGUGCUGGGAAUCCGUCACUGAGCUAGCCGAGCGCUCUCCUCUUCCUCUUCCUCUUCCUCCUCCUCUUCAUCCUCUUCCUCCUCCUCUUCAUCCUCAUCCUCCUCUUCCUCUCCGACAUCAUGGCCAAGCAGUACGAUGUGCUGUUCAGGCUGCUGCUGCUCGGAGACUCGGGAGUCGGAAAGACCUGUCUGUUAUGCAGAUUCACCGACAACGCGUUUCAUCCCGCACACAUUUCCACCAUCGGGGUGGAUUUUAAAAUGAAGACAUUAGAGAUCGAUGGAAUCAAAGUGAGAAUACAGAUAUGGGACACGGCAGGACAGGAGCGAUAUCAGACCAUCACUAAACAGUACUACAGACGUGCGCAGGGAAUCUUUCUGGUGUAUGACAUCACGAGUGAGCGCUCCUUUCAGCACAUCAUGAAAUGGGCGAGUGAUGUGGACGAGUACGCUCCUGAAAAAGUGCAGAAGGUGCUGAUUGGAAACAAAUCUGACGAGGAACACAAAAGACAAGUGGCCACAGAGCAGGGAAACAAGCUGGCUAAAGCUUAUGGAAUGGACUUUUAUGAGACAAGUGCCUUUACCAAUCACAACAUCACAGAGUCCUUCACACGUUUGGCUGAGCUGGUGUUGCAGGCUAAUAAAAAGGACCUUGAUCUCCUGCGGGUGUCCAUCAAUGACCAGCUGGAUCUAGCGGCGCUGGAGGAAGAGGCAGGAGUGUGUGACGGCAGCAGUAACGCCCAAAAGACCUGCUGGUGCUGAGGACAGGAAGUGACAUCAACACAUUUUCUUUUUUUUACCCAGUGUCACUUUGGCAGAUUUUUUUUUCUUCUCAGUUUGGUGCCUUCCAGUCUCAUCACGAAUGAAUGAAUGAAUGAAUGAAUGAAUGACUGUGCUAUGUUAAAGUCCUCUUUACAUUCAGGAAGCCUAAACAUUGAUCAUAGUAAAGGUGACUCUUGACAAGUUAGUAGCAAGAUGAGUUAACCAGCUCUUGUUAGCAUCAUACAUUUUAGUGUUUCGAACAUACAUUUCAGUUAACGAGUGUGGUAAAUAAAUUCAUACAGCAGUUACAGCUGUUCUAUUGAAAUUACAACGGUGUAGAAAUGGUACGGCCCGUCGUAGGGGUGCUCGGAAGACUAGUUUACUCCUCGGACACCUUUCUGACACGUCGGAUUAAACAUAUUAGUGUUUACUCGUAAACUUAUUCAGAAGGAAUUAUAUUUAAGAACAUUCCCAACUUUGUGUGUUUCAUUUUCUUUAACUGUAAUAGGAUUGUUAAGAACAAAAAAUUAUACGGCACACCGACAUCCAGCUAAUCCAAGGAAGCGUAUCUACUCGGCUUCUGGUGUUCAAUUCAAUUCAAUUCAGUUGUAUUUGUAUAGCGCUUUUAACAAUGGACAUUGUCACAAAGCAGCUUUACAGAAAAAUAUAAAUUCAGGAUAUAAAUUUUAAAUUUAUGAAAUUAUCCCUAACGAGCACCCCAGAGGUGACAGUGGUGAGGAAAAACUCCCUGAGGCCAUAUGAGGAAGAAACCUUGAGAGGAACCAGACUCAAAAGGGAACCCAUCCUCAUCUGGGUGACACCGGAUAGUGCGAUUAUAAAUAAAUCCCUUCUAUAACUGUGUACUAUAUGGUCAGAAUGUGCAACUGUGUAACCACGAAAAUUCACUAUAGUCUAUUUUGUUGUCAACUGUUCACUGAUUUGAGUGCAAAACUGAUUGUGGGAAUUGUAGUCCUAAAGCUAUCAUAUCAGUUGUAGUCCUAGGCCAUCGUAGCAAAACUGUUCAUAUCAAUUGCAGUCCAAAGCCAUCUUCAUAGUUUCCAAGUGGAAUCAUCCAGAGUAAUCUCAUGUAACUUUAACCUGUGUGUGUUGGAGAUCAUCCUCAUCAGCAGCGAGUGGUAUCCAAGUGAUGAGAACUCCAACCAGAAGCAGGGCAUCAGGACGGAUCAGGCAGAUCCGGAGAGCAGAAAGGGUCAGGAUCACUGGUAUCUCAGGAGUAGCAUGUGUAGCUCAACGGAGAGAGAGAGAGAGAGAGAGAGAGGGAGAAUGGGAGGGAGAGGGAGAGAGAGGGAGAGAGAGAGAGAGAGAGAGAGGGAGAACGGGAGAGAGAGAGGGAGAACA